UCUCUUUCUUUGAACUGGUGCCACAGUUGUGAUUUUUUUGUUUAUCGGUAGUAUACAGAAGGUCUUUUUGUUUGUUACAGCAGUUUGUCAUUGACAUGAGUCGCAUGCAAUACCUUCAUAAUAGAAGAAAACAAGGGUGUGGAGAUACUGUUGCAGCGCUCGCUGCUUUGCGGCGCUGCCGGUGUUUUGCGCGCUCAUGUGUCGUGUGUUUCACACACCCCCACCCCCCCCACCCCCCCUGACAGCAGAGCGUUCUCGAGAAGAGCCUGGUGAGCGAGCCGGGGCAGAGGACCAAGAGGGUUUCCCAAAUCCGCAUUCGGAAAACUGUCCCCAAACCGGACAACAGUCUAACCCCUAUGGGGCUACCGAAACCAAAGAGAUUAAAGAAGAAGGAAUUCAGCCUGGAGGAGAUCUACACCAACAAAAACUACAAGUCUCCGCCUUCCAACAGGAGCCUGGAAACCAUCUUCGAGGAGCCGAAGGAGAAGAACGGCACGCUGGUGUGCAUCGGGCAGCAGAAACGCAAGAGGGUCCUGGAGUUCCAGGACUUCACAGUGCCCCGUAAGAGGCGCGCCAGGACCGGGGUGAAGCUGAAGAGCAGCCGCACGCGGGGCAGGAAGGCAGCGAAGCAGGGCUGUGCAGAGCUGGAUGUGCUGCUCGUGGAGAAGCUGAGCGCGCUGGAGCACUUCUUCAACACCGAGCACAUCAACAUCUGAGCCCUGUGUGGAGCCGCUGUUUAAAAUCACUGGCUUCACUGAUCCCAUCUUGAUCCCUGCUUUUCUUAUCUGCCUUCAGUGUCUCCACACUCCUCUAUAAGUGGCUCCAGUUCCUGGUGGGACCUCAGUAUUUAUUUUCAAACCUGCACUGCUCUCCAGUGCCCACGCUCUACCCCUGCCUCUUGAGACUGCACGCUGUUUAGUUUGGACCAGGGAUGAAACUAAACCUUGGAUUGGUCCGUAUCUGUGGUGGAGCAGCGGUAAGGGCAGCCACUGCUCUGUGUAACUGUGAGCGUCUCUGUUGGUGCAGUGAAUCGGGUACUUCCAGAGUGUGAAGUUGUAACUGCAGUAUUAUUAUUAAAACAGGGGAGGGAAAGACCUACGCCUGCGUGCGCUGGAUUUAUUAAAACACCCGUCAGGAAAGCAAAACAAAACCGAGCACUUUGCAAAACUAAAACGCGACCGCAAGGAUCGGAUUAUCAUUCUCCCUUCUUCUUUUUUCUAUCGUACUUUGUUGCAGUAACGUCUGUUCUUUUUGCACAUUCUAAACAAAAUAAUGCGCUUUGAUAUUCAGCCUUGCCAAAGUAAUGGGAAACAGUGAUGUAGCUCUUUCUCAAAGUAUUGUACACGUUGUUAGAUCCCUGUUAAAGAAACACGGCUGUUCACAUUUCCUUUCACCUGUACGCAUCACUACAAUAGGUUGCCUUCAGAACGACAGUAUUUUUGGAAGAGUUGCUGUCAAAAAAUAAUUGUUGCUGUUUUAUAACGAAAGAAAAAUAAUAAUUGCAUUUGUUAGCAUCGCAAUGUGAAAUGCAAGUGUAGAAACUUGUUUCCUUGGUAUUAUUUAUUCAUUUUCCUCUGAUAUUUCUUGAGGAGGAAAAGACUGAUAUUUGUAGCCUAAUAUUACCUCCUGUAGUUAGAUUUCAAAUAUUUAGACAUCAUUAGCCAGCCAGUUCUAUUAGCCAAACGUUGGAUUCAAUUCAAUUGUCGACAGUAAUAUUUGUGAACAGUAAGAGGUUAUUGCACACAAACACAAGCUGGUAUUUCAAAAAUCUUUUUUUCUGAAACGCUAGUUCCUAUUCAGAAAAAUCGAAAUUGCCCCAAAUGUGUGUGAUGUUGGCUUUUGUUUCCUUUCGUUUUUAGAUACCUUUUUAAAAAGUGAAAUACGAACAGUGUGAGGGGGUGGGGGAGAAAUAACCCAAGGGCUAAAAAAAAUAAAGGAAACAGUAACAGCUCAAUUCAAGGCCGAUGCAAAAUAAAACCGCUUCGGGGUGACAUGUCUGACUCGGGCAGCGUUCUGGCGUGUGUGCCGUUGCCAUGGGAACGGGCUCCUCCACAGGGACAGAGCACCAGCAGUUCUUAGGGGCAGUUCAGUGGAGAUGGUAGUGAUUUUUAAUUUUAAGCUGAUGUGCUUUUACACAUUGUGAAACUCUUGCUCACCUGCUAGGAAUGAUCAAGCACUCUGUGUGUUUAUAUGGGUUGUUUUUUUCAGAUUCCCUAUUGGUACAGGUGAUUUACUUUUAUUAAACAAAACCAAAAAGAAAAAAGCCAAUUCCAUUCUCCCAAUAUUAUUAUUAUAACCCCCCCUUAUCAAACAGAACUUUGCGUUUGUGUGAGUACUUGCCUCUUUUUUUUAGGUAGUGGAUUCAUUUGUUUGCUGUCCUGGUUUUUGAAGAAAUACGUUGACUUGGCAAUCGAUGUACAUAUUAGCUGGUAAAUUUUUAAAGCAUCGUCCAAGUGUGAAUGCAGCACACAGAUAUCCAUGUGUAUUUGAUCAUACACUGUAUUACACUGGGGUUUUGUGAAUCGUGUCUCUCUCUCCGUGUGUGUAAUAUAUGAAGCUUCACAUCUCAAACUCUUAUCUGUAUGAUCAGGAAUAGCACAUCUGUUAAAGAAACACUAGUUUA